UCCCCUAGCCGGGCGAGUGGUCUCCGGCUUUAUCGUUGUCUGAUAGAAGAGGAGGGGAAAUCUGUGUGUGUGUGAGAGAGAGAGAGAGAGAGAGAGAGACGAAGAAGCAAUGGGGCGGAAGAAGACGGUGGAGUUCGACGAGGGUCCCCCGGAUGACUUCGAUCCGAACAAUCCUUACGCUGAUCCGGUGGCAAUGCUAGAUUACAGAGAGUACUUGGUGAGGGAGAAGUGGAUUCAGAUCGAGACUGCAAAGAUUAUCCGUGAACGCCUUAAAUGGUGCUACCGCAUCGAAGGUGUCAACCAUCUUCAGAAAUGCCGCCAUCUUGUUGAGCAGUAUCUUGAAGCUACCCGCGGUGUCGGAUGGGGCAAGGAUCACCGCCCACCUGAGCUCCAUGGUCCAAAGAAGGUUGUCGAGUAGCUGGACUGCCGAGCAAUCUAUGUGAGGGUGUAUCGGCAGCUCUCCGAACUCGAGCAAAGUUGGAUCAUCGGAGUAAUUUAUAGCCUUCUUUUUUAAAAAAUCUUAAAUAAUGGCUGCCAUAGAACUUCUCGUACAAUUCUCCUGAUUGUAUUUCACUUAUGCUACCAUCUGUUUAUAUCAGCAGCUCAAACAUUAAUGGUUUGGUUAUAUUUUUUUGAGAAAUUGAUGUAAAUGAUGGCAUCAACAGCCUUGGUUCAUGCUAUACUGAAAUCUCCAAAUUAGCUACAACUCAGAUCACCUGCAA